CCUUUGAUUAUAAUGCUGUUAAUAAGACUCCGCGCAUUACAGCAAAUCAAGAGCCUGGAAAAUUUUUUCUCCAUAUUAAUGAAACAGAACUCAGUGAUACUGGAUUUUACUACUGUAUAAAAGCAAACCAACUCAAAAUGACAAUUUUAAAACGAACAUUUCUGAGAAUUAAAGGACCAGAACCAGAUAUCACUGCCAUCAUUCAAGUCCCUCCAUCUGAUCCAGUUCGCCCAGGAGACUCAGUGACUCUGCAGUGUUCAGUCCACUCUGACUCAGAGAACAACACAUGUCCAGGAGAACACCGUGUGUACUGGUUCAGAGUCGGAUCAGAGUCUCAUCCCAGUGUCAUUUAUGCUCAUAGAAACAGUGGUGAUGAAUGUGAGAGGAGUCCUGAGGAUCGCACACCACAAAAAUGUGUCUACAACUUCUCCAAGAACAUCAGCUCCUCUGAUGCUGGGACGUAUUACUGUGCUGUGGCCACAUGUGGAGAGAUAUUAUUUGGAAAUGGAACAAAAUUGAACAUUGAAGCACUCAACAUAUGGGAUUUGCAGAAGGCCAAAACUAUUUUGUUUCUGUUGUGUGCAGCUUUGGUUGUAAGUCUGAUUGUUAUUGCCUUUCUGAUUUAUAUCAUCAAGAAAACAUCUUGUGGUUGUUGCAAAACUGCCGUUGCUCUUCGAAUAAAUGCUGCAACAGACACUGUAGAUCAGCAAAGACAGCAGAGAGAUGAGGAAUCAUUGGCUUAUUCUGCACCAACCUUCACCAAGAGGAAAACUGGCAGAGCAGAGAGAAGGAAUGUAAAAGCAGCAGAGGGAGAGACGAUCUACAUUGAUGUCAGGCCUUUUGUUAUUGAUUAACAAUCCACUGGAUUUGCAGAGAAAUAUUCUAUACAUCAAUUUCACAUCUGAUAUUGGUAGCAAUACUUUAAAAUGAAAGAGUUUAAAUUGUUUAAUGUAUAAUUUUGACAUUAUAUUUUGUCCAGUCUGUUUUUAAUCAUAGAUAUGUACAUGCUCAAAAUAAUUAUGGGAACACUUACUUAUCAUAGUAUAAUGUCAAGUCAAUUAAACUUUAUCAGUCAGGAAGCAUUAGCUGUGAAUCAGUGUCCCUUGUUUUGGUGCAAAUGACAGGUGUUCUGGAGAGGCAACAGCAAGACAACUUACUAAAAGGGAAUUGUUUUGCAGGGUGUGGCCACAGGGAAUUGCUCUGUCCUUAUCCUUCCUGACAGAUUUUUCUCUCUAGUUUUGCAUUUUGCUUGUGUCCUUGUCACUUCUGGUAGCAUGAGCCAGUACCUUCAGCACAUUCAGGUUACACAGGUAGUCCAGCUCCUCCAGGAUGGCACAUCCGUAUAAGCCGUCGCAAGAAGGUUUGCUGUGUCUCCUAGCACAGUCUCAAGAGCAUGGAGGAGAUACCAGGAGAUGGGCCAUUACGCAAAGAGAGCUGGACAGAGCUGUACCCUGACUGCUGUUAGGUACCGGAAUGAGCCAUUGUCAGACCAUAUGCUGGUGCAGUGGGCCCUGGGUUCCUCUUGGUGCAGGACAAUGCCUGGCCUCAUGUGGCCAGAGUGUGCAGGCAGUUUCUGGAUAACAAGGGCAUAAAUGUUACAACUGACUAGGUGACAGGACUCAAAAGCAGACUCAAGGCAGUUCAAAACCAGGAUUUUAAAGUUUAUUGAAAAGAGGGCCGGAGCAGAGUAGUGGGCAGACCAGGGAAUGGAGACCAACGAGUGAAUUUCCAGGCAGGCAGUGAGCGGGGCGUGACAGACGGCAGGUCCACUAGGCAGGCAGUGAGCCUGAGCACAGGGAGACAAAGUAAGUAAGAUCUCACAAGAAACAAACAACAGAAUAUACUGUACUACAUGAGAUUGUUGGGCGCAGCACAAAUACCACUAAGGUACACUGAUCUGGGGAAGAGUGAGGUGAAGAACCAGGUUGAGUGUUGAUUAUUAGAAUGCGGAUCAGGUGUGCAGGUGGAGGUGGAGCACAGGGCCAGAGUGAGAAGCCACACCCAGACAGGCACACA